CAGCCUCUCCCCACGUGCCAGGGACCAGGGCUAUGGAGCUGAAAACUCCCUGUCCACCCAUCCCUUGUUGUCUUGGCCCUGACAGACAUGGGGGCCCCCCCCCCACCCCGGGCCGUCAACGAGCAUCCGGAAGAAACGUUGCUUGCGCAGGGGCAACUGCAGGCAUGGGGUUCCAGACCACUGCAACGGAAGUGGAAAGUGCACCGUGCUGGUAUGGAGGUAGCCAACUCCGCGUACUUUGUAGCCUUGCCUGCCUGAACCAGGCAAACGCAGAGACUCGACAUUGACUCAUCUCGCCAUUUCUGCUUUGACACAGUCUUUGCCCAAACUUCAGACGAUUAACUAGGUAGCUUGACGUUUUCAGAUUUCCGCGGAGUCUGACUUCGCGGGAAAGGGGAGGGUCGCCGGGCCCGGCCGUGGGAACUUGGGCGAUCACACGUUCGCCGUGUUCGGUAAGCCCCCAGGUCUGGCCUGCUCCG